AGUUUCGUGUAAAUCGUGCAAACAUCAAACAUUCACCGCCAGAUUUUUUGCUCAUAGAAUAGUGUUUAAUUUUUGUACAAAAACUAUGUAGUUUAAUCGUGUGUUUUGUUGAAAAAACUUAUCUCGUUUUAACAGUUCAUGUUCCGCUUCGCAAAAUAAGUUUAAACAUUGUGUAUGUGCGGAGCCGUUAGGGGUGAAAAUGGCAUCCAAACGCUUCGGCAACUUCCAGCUGAAGCAACCGUCGUCGUCGGCUUACAAAAAGGCCCGGCUGGACAUCGAUGUCAUCUCCAGCCAGCAGUACGUCCUCCAACAGCAGCAACAGCGAACGGUGAAAACCACCACGACGGCGAUUGCCAAAUCAUCCUCCUCCAAGUCGGAUUCGCUGUGGGGCGAUGAGGACGACGAGUUCAUCAUUUUGGCCUCCCAGGCCGUGGAAGAAGUCGAGAUGUUCCAGCAAACUCAGAUGCAGCAGCAGUCCCAAGCACUGGCCGCGGAGGUCACCUUUGGGACAUUUCUUAGGGAAGAAGUCGCUUCCAGUACCCAAACGAACGGGGAGAAGGAACCGAACUCUAGGGAACUCAUGCCUCCUCCACCUCCGGUUGCUCCCGGACCUUCGAAAGGGAAUUCGGUUCCCAUCAGCGUGAUUGAUCUGCUUACGGAUGGGGAUGACGACGUAUUUAGCGAGCAGUUUAGCGAGAACUACGACAACAUAGAGAAGCACAUCGACGAGUUCUUCAACAACGAGUUCGACGAUGACUUCAAUCUGGAUGAGUUUCGCCGGGAUGGUCAACAAAGAAGCGGUCCCAAGACGUCGCCACAGGAACGGUCUCCUCCGAAGCCGGUCCCAGUGAGAGCGAAUGGGGACAUUAAAGUGGGAGGAUCGGUUCUGUUCAAACCGAAGCAGCCGCAAUCCACGACGGAGGCCUUAGCGAAUAAACCGGUGGGAGGAAGGGCUUUCCCCACUCAACAUCAGCUGUCCCAAUUAGGAAGGGAAGCGAUUGCCAAUGCUGCCAAAAAGAAGGACCACGAGAAGGACAUGCAAGUCCGGUUUCUCACGGGACAACUGGACAGGGCGAGUAAGGAGCGGGAGCAGUUGAAGAAGGAUUACAACGAAGUUACCGAACGGCUUCAGAUCCGUGAUGGGGAGGUUUCCAUACUGCGAUACGAAAUGGAAAACAUCAAAAACCAAAACGAGCAACUGAGGAUGGAAAAGAUGAAGGAGAAGGAAACGAUCAAAAAGGAAUGGGUGGAAAAGAUGAAGGAUUUGGAGAAGGUGAUUGUGGCCCAGAAAUCGGAACUAGAGUUCAAGAAUAUCGAGAUGAUGAAUCUGAAGACGAAACGGAUGAGUAACUCGUUCAGAAUUGAUAAAGAUGGAUCAUCCAAAGAGAAACCAGUAACGCCAAAAGACUUUCGGAUUCACAAUCGCCGAGUACUGCUCUUCCAGCAACCGACGAUUGAGAAUUAUCAGAUCGAUGCGAGAAUAUUCGAUCUGUCCACGGAAAGCAUUUCCAAGUUCAGCACCACUAAUCGCCUAGCCAACUUCUCCAAGGAAGACGCCGUGCUCUCACAACACCUAGGUCGCCUUCAGUCAUACCUCUCGCAGAUGAUCUAUCUCAAAGGUGCCUUCCCGGAGGAAUCCAUUUCAACGAUGGUGCUGGUAGCGAACCAAGCUACCGACGAAAUAGGAAAGUAUUGCAACCGGUUAGCGUUGGUACGGGUUAAGGAUGCUCACCUGAGUGCCAAAGUGGCCUACGAUUUCCUGUGCAGGAACAGCAAACGAAAUCGAUUGGAGGGUCCCUUGGUGAAUAUCUACCAGAAGCAGCCGAUCUAUCUGCACGAGAAAGCGAUUGUGCAGCGACGGUUUCUGGCUGCUUUAGGGCUGCUCUGUCGAUACAUUCCCGCGUUGGCUGUGAGGCUGGUGCGGCGCUGGAAAGGAACGGGUAAUUGCGUUCACAUGCUCAGUAGAUCAUUGGUCAAAAUAGGUUACGCGAGCGAUCUUUAUGGCCAUUUUGGAUUUAUAGCCGCUGCAGGUACGGUGCUGAGCGGGUUGAGUCAUCACGUGGUCCUGUAUAAGCAAGACGGUCGCGAGCUGAUGGAUCUCUUCAAGUCGAUCGUGUUCUGCAGACCGGACAGUGCCCUAAUCCUGAGCCACCUUUCGGACGCCCUUUAUCGAAUAACGAGCUCCAGCAGCUCGAUAGAUCUCGUGAACCGUCUGUGUCGGCAGAGCAAAGCGUCGGACUUUGCUGCGAACGAUGCCUACAAGAUGAUUCAGUUCACUAAAGACUCUUGCACGUUACAAAUCUACGCCGCCCUUCUGGAGGCAUCGGUUCCGCAGAACAGAAAUCUCACGCCGACCGAAAUUCGCCACCUGGUGGCAAACACACGGAACACGAUCUACUUCCUGCGCAAUUCGCUGGCUCGGCCGGUACGAUGGAUCCAUCAGUUUGUGCGCCGUCCGGAAGGAUCGGUCUUAUCGUUGUGCCAAUGCCACGUGAGAAUCACUAACGCCUUUGUGGUUCUGCUCCAUCAGGUGCUACGGUGUUGGAUGCAGUGUCCGCUGAAUGUCGACUACGAUACGAUGCUGCAGAUCACGCAGAACGGUGUGCUGCUGCUGUUCGAUCUGUUCGAAACCGUGUACCGGGGGGAGGUCCUGCAGGUGGGGCGUCACGUCAUCCAGUGUCGCCUGCAAGCCACCUACAACUGGUUGGUGCAACAUCAGAGCGACUUCCGGUUCCAGCCUACGCACAGGAGCGCUCUACAGCUGCUAGAUCUGAGGCUAGUGAUGGAAGAGCCGUUGAAAUCGAGCGAAGACCCAAAGCGGAUGGAUGUGGAUGAAACGGACAGCGACAGUGCCGAACUGGAACGACGUGAUAUGUACGAUGAACUGUAUGAGGAUUUUUUCAGCAGUAAAUUGUUACAACAGUGAGCUUUGGUAUGUA